CUUCAACGAAAUGAGCAACACGUGGAGCUUGCGAAAAUGCUCAUUCAGUGUGGAGCAGUUGAGUGAGACGCAUUUUGGAACGGACGAAUUUUCAUAGUAUUUUAUCAGCGCGCUGUUUUUGGACAUAUUUGUUGCUGUAACUCAAUUUUGGAGCGAGUAUCAAUUGUAAAGUUACCACGAAGCUGGAAAUUUUCCACCGGUGUAAUUGUAGUACGAAAUUGUCACAAUAUUUUAUAUUGUGUACUUGUUGCAAAAAUACUUAAGGCACGCAAUUUUUGAAAUACAUUUAUUGCCACGAACAUUUAUUUUACAAGAAUAAUAUAUAAAUAAGCAUUUAAAGUUCAAUUACCUGUGCAUAAUACGGCAAUUGACUUCAACAUUUCAAUUAGUGCCAAACGAUCAUUUACAUACGCAAUUCUACAAUAAAUUUUAACGAUGGCAACAACAACAACCAAUGUGACCACUAAUGGAUAUACCAGUGUACCAACUGAGUCGGUAAAGGUAGUAUCGGCAGAUGUUAGCGCAAAUGAAUUGCAGGAUGGCCUUUCAUGUCACGAGCUUUUCGCUAACAGCGAUGGUUUGACCUACAAUGACUUUCUAAUCUUGCCUGGUUAUAUUGAUUUCGCCGCUGAGGAAGUGGAUCUGAGCUCACCAUUGACCAAGAGUAUUACAUUGCGUGCGCCGCUAGUGUCAUCCCCCAUGGAUACUGUCACCGAGUCAGAUAUGGCUAUUGCCAUGGCGCUCUGUGGUGGCAUUGGCAUUAUACAUCACAACUGCACGCCAGAAUAUCAAGCGAAUGAAGUUCACAAAGUCAAGAAAUACAAGCACGGCUUUAUUCGUGAUCCGUCGGUUAUGGCGCCCGAGAAUACAGUCGGUGAUGUGCUUGAGGCGAGACGCAAAAACGGCUUUACAGGCUAUCCCAUUACCGCCGACGGUAAACUGGGUGGUCGCCUGUUAGGUAUCGUCACAUCACGUGACAUUGAUUUCCGUGAGAAUCAGCCCGAAAUUAAAUUGGGAAACAUAAUGACCACCGAAUUGAUAACUGCCCCUAACGGCAUUACACUGCCCAUGGCUAAUGCUAUUUUAGAGAAAAGCAAAAAAGGCAAAUUGCCAAUUGUUAAUGAAAAUGGUGAAUUGGUUGCGUUAAUAGCGCGUACCGAUUUGAAGAAGGCACGUUCUUAUCCGAACGCUUCGAAAGAUAGCAACAAACAAUUGUUGGUGGGCGCUGCUAUUGGCACACGCCCCGAAGACAAGGAGCGUCUCAAAUUGCUCGUCGAAAAUGGGGUUGAUGUAAUUGUUUUGGAUUCAUCGCAAGGCAACUCAAUUUAUCAAAUUGAAAUGAUUAAAUUCAUAAAGAACACUUAUACGGGACUACAAGUGAUUGGUGGAAAUGUUGUGACACGCGCUCAAGCCAAAAAUCUAAUCGAUGCGGGCGUAGAUGGCUUGCGCGUUGGCAUGGGCUCCGGCUCGAUUUGUAUCACACAAGAAGUUAUGGCUUGCGGCUGCCCACAGGCUACUGCGGUUUACCAAGUAUCUAGCUAUGCUAAACAAUUUGGUGUGCCUGUCAUAGCCGAUGGUGGCAUUCAAUCCAUAGGGCAUAUCGUCAAAGCAUUAUCGUUGGGCGCUAGCGCUGUCAUGAUGGGCUCGUUAUUGGCAGGUACUUCAGAGGCACCAGGUGAAUAUUUCUUUUCGGAUGGUGUGCGCCUGAAAAAGUAUCGCGGUAUGGGUUCACUAGAAGCUAUGGAACGACGUGAUGCCAAAGGCGCCGCUAUGUCACGUUAUUAUCACACCGAAAUGGAUCGUACGAAGGUGGCGCAGGGUGUCAGCGGCAGCAUUGUCGACAAAGGUUCUGUUUUGCGUUAUUUACCCUACUUGGAAUGUGGCCUGCAGCAUAGCUGUCAGGACAUUGGCGCACGCACAGUCAGCGACCUAAGAGCAAUGAUUUACAAUGGCCAAUUACGUUUCAUGAAGCGCACUCAUUCCGCACAAGUAGAGGGUAAUGUGCAUGGUCUCUUCUCCUAUGAGAAGCGUCUCUUCUAACAAACGGCUGCAACAAGUGUGCGUACUGAUAAAGCGUUAAACGCAAGCAAUGCGGUGCAAGUGCGCAAUGGUGGGUUGACAGCAUAUUUGCAGAGGAAUGGGGCGUACGAGUGAGGCGCAACGGCAACACAUAACAUAUAUAAUAGAGCGGCAGAUACAGCGAUGGUACAGCGGCGUCAGCAGUAAAAUACAGAAACAAAAAUGAAAAAAAAAAAUAGAAAAAUUUAGGUUUAUAACGGUUAACGGUUAUAUUGUAUGACAUUUGCUACAUUGCUUACAGCAGUAGCUAUAGCAAUAACUUUUCGUACUGGCGUAAUUGAUUAUAUGAAAAUACCGCCGUUGUGUUUACUUGUAUAAUUAGUUUUCACACGUUAUUUCGUGUGCUUAGAGCAGUACUUAAUGCAUAGAAACACUUUACAAUUAUAAAUUUACAAUUUUAUACAUUUAUGCUUAUUCAGCAAUUAUAGUUGUGUUUAAUUCGGUUUACAUACAGCUGUCACGUAGCUUUACAUUAAAUACGUGCUUUUCGCAAUAUUGUUAUCAUUUAGUUAAAAUCCUUUGAUCGCACAAUAGGAUGGUUUAAUUACAAUCACAUAUUAUUUAUUAAAUUUUGACAACUUUGCUGUAUUUUUACUAAACUUUAGUAAUAGCUAUAAAAAAUAUGAUUAAUUUUGCAGAAAAUUAUAAAAUUUUAGUAAGCAGCCUGUGUUAGGAUUUGUAAUAGUUUGAAUUUUCUCGAAAUUACGCUAGCAGCUGACAUAACGCUGUACUUUAUUUGCAAGUAUUCUUUGUUUUCCUAGUUUAUACAAUUAUAUUGUUAGAAAUUUUUAUAACUUUAAAUACUUUUUAUACAUAUUUAUGUAGAUUUCUCAAAAAUUUAGCAAAAUUUAAACCUAAAACCUAGAAAAUGUACGUAUUUCACACAUUUAGGUGUUUUAAAAUUUAUUGGUGUUCACAACAAGCGCAUACCUACCCACAAUAUUA